UUUAGUCACUAAAUCUCACAUUUGGCUUAAUUUUUGUUGUUCAUGGUUAUUAUAAAACUCACGGAUUGUAAUGAUGUUGAGUCUUAAUUCAUAAAAAUUGAUGUGGUUAAUGUAAUUUCAUAAAAACAAGACAGUUUUUUAUUCUCACACAUUGCGUCAAUAAGAAAUAUCGAUGCCAACAGCUUACUGUUCGAGCAUCAGAUAAGCAAUAAGUGCCGGGUCACCAAAAUAAAUCAGAAAAAAAAUCCAAAAAAGUCGCCUACUUACAUCAUUCCGCAUCACAAAAUGACAAAGUAAAAACAAAAAAAACUUUACUUCCUACUAAGCGCUGCAUAGACAAAAGUACUUGAUACUUUGAUUGAUUUGUUGAGAGUUUUCGAUGCGCAAACGAUGGCACGAAAUAUUGCAGAAUAUUUGACAUUAAUUUGCUUUACGGCGAUCUCAUUUGUGAUAUUUAACCAAGUGUACAAGACAUCGAAGCUGGUAAUUGAUGAGGAGUUUCACUUGAGACAAGGAUUGCACUUUUGCGAGGGACGAUUUCAUAUUUGGGAUCGCAAAAUUACAACAUUUCCUGGACUAUAUUUUCUUUCCACGGCUUUGUUUGCACCUUUUGGCCUCUGUCAAGACUACUUCCUUCGCUUAACUUGCUUCAUCUGUUCGAUUUUUAACUUUGUGCUAUUCUACAAGAUCCGCAGAACAGUUUCCGAUACGCAACAAAAACGAGUAAAUACGCUAGAAGCUCUGACGUUGUCACUCUUGCCACCAUUGUAUUUCUUCAAUCAUUUGUAUUACACGGAUGUUCCCGCACUGACUACUGUUUUGCUGAUGCUUUACUUUGCCUUGAAGGAUCGGCAUUGUUGUGGCUCGAUGGCAGCGAUUGCGAGUGUGGCGAUGCGACAGACAAACAUAGUGUGGGUCGGCAUGGUGUUGGGUGUUUGUGCGCUGAACUACAUCGUUGCACGAGCUCAUCCAUUUUUGAAACUCAAGUCACGAGCUAACAUAAACUAUUCAUUCAAGGACUUGGUGACAUGCUUUGACGUGUAUUUGCAUCGACCAGAUCUAAUAUGGAGCCACUUUAAGGGGAUCUUAAUGGAAUUCUAUGGAUAUCUGUCUGUCAUUUUGGGAUUUAUCGUGUUUCUGUGGUACAAUGGAUCUAUUGUCAUAGGCGAUAAGUGUGCUCAUCAAGCAGCAAUACAUAUUCCACAGAUUUUUUAUUUCUCGUUAUUUAUCGCCAUUUUCGCACCAUCACUAAUUUUAACGAAGCUGCAUCUAGUCUUCCGGCUCGUUAUUCGUCGUUGGUUCACUUUUAUCAUGCUUGCGAUCAUCUUUGCCGUUGUAAUUCGGUACAACACCAUCGAACAUCCCUAUUUACUGGCUGACAAUCGACAUUACACCUUCUACUUGUGGAAUCGUUUUUAUGGGAAAUACGAAUUUGCACGCUACAUAAUCAUUCCCUUUUACUUAGUUGCACUCGGCUGUGUUUUUUAUCACCUCAACGAUAACCAAAGAUCAAUCGGAUUCACAAUUCUGUACAUCGUUUGUACACUUGCUUCGAUUGCACUUCAACGUCUCUUUGAAAUACGUUACUUCAUAUUGCCAUACAUUUAUUUGCGUGUUCACAUUAACAAUGUCAAGCCGAAUUACGUGUUGCUCGAGUUCUUUUUAUACUUGGCAUUGAACAUUUGCACUUUUUAUUUGUUUUUCACGAAGGAAAUUGUGUGGACUGACUACAAAGAGACACAAAGACUUAUCUGGUAGAUUUUAAAUUGCUAUAUUUAAUGAAUUGAUUUUCUGGAAUAAAACAAACUAAAAUAUGUAAGCUUAUUUUUUUUUCUGGCAAUUCUCUACAAAUUGAAGACAUUUUUUUAA